CGACAAGGUUGAGAACAGGCUCGACGAGUCUCAGUCGCUGCCGGAACACCGCAGCAGCAACAGGUAGAUCGUAUAAUUUUUCAAUAUCAACGAUGUGGAAAGGAGCGGCCGUUUUUCUACUAGGCACACUGGCUAUUGGCUGGCACUUUAGCUACAAUCAAGCUCCAGUUACCAUACCGACCUUACCAAAUGAGUACUGGGGUCCAGGAACAUCACAGCCAGAUCCUAAGGAUAUUGUGCCGUUCAAGAUCGAUGUUAAAAAACAGAUCAUCGAUGAUUUGCACAAACAACUUGAUCGUGCACUUUCACCGGAAAGGGAAUUCGUAAAGCCUUUGGAAGGUGUAGCUUGGACUUACGGAAUGCCCUCAACUUACCUCAAAACCGUACUGCAAUACUGGAGAAACGAGUACGACUGGAAUAAAAGGCAAACUCUGCUCAACAAAUAUCCUCAAUUUAUGACCAAGAUUCAAGGUCUAAACAUUCAUUUUUAUCACGUGAAACCUCAGCAACCAAAAGACCGUACACUUCGUGUAUUGCCUCUGCUAAUGGUGCAUGGAUGGCCAGGUUCGGUUGUUGAGUUCCAGAAGAUAAUCCCGUUGUUAACGCAACCAACGACUAAGCGAAACUUUAUCUUUGAACUUAUUGUGCCUUCGUUACCUGGUUACGGAUUUUCCGAAGCUGCUUCUAAACCUGGACUUGGGCCUAGCCAAAUAAGUGUAAUCUUCAAGAAUCUGAUGGAAAGACUUGGUUUCAAGAAGUACUACGUGCAAGGUGGUGACUGGGGCAGCAUUAUAACUUCUUCUAUGGCAGCUCUUUAUCCCAAACAAGUAAUUGGAGCCCAUGGAAACAUGUGUUUCAUCGAUUCGACAAAGGGACACCUCCUUGCUUUACUUGGUGCUUAUAUUCCAUCUUUGGUAGUCGACAACGAGCAUCACUCUAAAAUGUAUCCACUUAGCCACCACUUUAGUUAUUUGAUCGAAGAAUCAGGUUACAUGCACAUUCAGGCGACUAAACCAGACACAGUUGGAACUGCAUUAUCGGAUUCACCAGCUGGUUUAGCUGCUUAUAUUUUAGAAAAGUUCAGCACCUGGACGAAUCCGGAUUAUCGUAAGCGAGAUGAUGGCGGUUUAUUAGAAAAAUUCACAAUGGAUGAGCUAUUGGAUAAUUUAAUGUUCUACUGGGUGACGAACUCGAUAACAACAAGUCAACGGAUCUACGCUGAAAAUUUCAACAAGGCUAAUCGGGCUCUUGGUAUCGAUAAAAUACCAAUCACCGUUCCAACUGCCUGCGCAAUGUUUCCGAACGAGCUUCUUUAUCGUUCCGAGUCUAUUCUGAAAGAACGUUACACAAAUUUAAUUCAAUUUACACAUCCAGCACGAGGAGGUCACUUUGCCGCUUUCGAGGAGCCUAGAAUUCUUGCUGAUGAUAUUUGGAGCUUUGUAUAUAAAAAUGAGCAACUGAGAACAAAACCCAUAAAAAAAGCGUGAUUGCGUGAUAAUGAGUGAAGACUUUGUGAUAUGACGCUUUGGUGCAAGAAAAAGCUCAAUAGUUGAUUUAUAAUAAUGUUUCCUCUCAAGUUAUAUGGUUUCCAAUAAAUUGUUUUUCCAUUUAAAUAUUUUAACUAACUCAUGUUAUGAUUUCAUUCGAUGAAUAUUCAAUGUUAAGAACUUAUGAAGUUCUAGAGAUUUACAGAUAGAAGUUAAUACUGCAAAAAUUUACUAUUCUUUUUAACUGUAUUCUAACUCAGAAAUCAUUUGUUGAUCUCUCCUGGAUAUUUGAAAAUUCGAGAGAAACGUUGCCGAAUUUCUGCGUUUGUAAAUUAACUGGUUUUACUAUUACUGUUGUUUUAUUAUGUCCCAUAGAGAACUGCAAAAUCUCCAAAUCCUGUCUUUAUCAAGGGUCGCGGCAGCGACCUGCGGCAUGAAUGCCGGAGGCGCGGUUUUACGCGACACUAUACUCAAUGAAGUCGGCGUGCACAGAUUUCAAUUAAUUAAUUAAUACAUAAAUAGCGUUGCAUGUAAAAAAACUUAUUAUAUAUUGUUAAUAUA